GCAAAAGUGUCCGUCCUUUCCGAUCAACAGAACAGAACCUCUCUUUCUCUCUUCAAAGGGUUUUGGAAGAUGGCGUACAUAUCGAAUUGGGUACGAUACAUGGCUCACAAGCUGGAGUACUCUCUCACUCUCAGCCUCAAGAAUCAUACAAAAGGGAAGCUAAUUGAUCGGGAAUGAAUUGGUGUUGUCAUGAAGAACCUAGUCUAUGGAAGGAUCACCUACUUGCAUUCAGUUAAAGGAGCAGAGAUGGCCCCAACCAUGGGAGCACAUGAUAACAACACACUCCUUGUCCGUAAGCUACCUGAUGUUGAUACAAGGUAUGUUUCCGUUGGAGAUGCUGUUGUCUUGAAAGACCCGAAUGAGACACAUAAGUAUCUAGUCAGAAGACUAGCAGCUUUAGAAGGAUCUGAAAUGGUAUCAAGCGAUGAGAAGGAGGAGCCUUUUGUUCUCGAAAAGGAUCAGUGCUGGGUCGUAGCUGAUAACCAAGAGAAAUCUAAGGAAGCAUAUGAUAGUAGAACAUUUGGUCCGGUUUCACUGGCGGACAUAGUAGGAAGAGCUAUAUAUUGUAUGAGGACAGCUGUGGAUCAUGGUCCAGUAAGUAACAGUGAAUUUUCCAUGCAAGAGGAUUCUCCAAUCCUGGCGGUAGAACUUGACGUUGAUGAAUUGGCUAAAGACCACAAGGCCUAGUACUAACAAGGAACCUUGUUGCAAUCAUUUCACCGACUCUUCUUUGUGUCCCUUUGUUUCCCUUCUAAACUCCAAUUUAGAUUCAACUGGAGUCUAGAUAUUUCUGGCAAAUGUUGGCCAUUUAUUCUGCGCCUCAUACGGAUUCUUGUUUAAAGUGUUGAGGAAAAGAUACUUUAUAGCUUCUUCCUCUAUAAAUAAACAACCAGAAUCCAUACAGAUCAAUACUGUACCAUAAAACAUAAUCUGAAAUUUAGAUUUUACUUCGGUUAACUAAGGUGAGUUAGUCAA